AUGCCAGUACAACCAGAGGAUCCGCUAGAACCGUUCUACUUCGAGCAAGAAGAGCAGGAGAUCUGUGGGAAGCUCGUAACUCCCAUAACCGAUGGUUUCCAGGAGGAUUACCCCAGCGUUGUGGAUCGCUUUUUCACCAGAUAUUACUACUUCAAGGGAGAUGUUCCCUACCAAGUGCUCUACCACUCCAAUCGCAUUUGCCUGAUCUGCCUGGCUCCCGAACACCCUGCGCUAGGUCAGGGCAUCUCAUCGGUCAACUUCGAUAUAGGGAACGUAGACCGCAGCCAGAAUGUGGUCAAGGGCAAGGGCAAAAAGGGCGGAAUGAUCCUACAGGCAGAGUCCACCCUCGCACUGGUCACCACGGCAAAUGGAGAGUCUUACAAGGUGCCCAGCUGUAUUCGGGGCAAGCUGGUGGAGGUAAACACCGCCCUAGUGGAGGAGCCAAAGCUUCUGGAGCAACUGCCUGAGGGAGCCGGCUACUUUGCCAUUCUUCUGCCCAAAAUCGAAAACUGCGAUGCCAUCAAGGCGAGUCUUUUAACACAGGAGCAGUAUGAGGAGCGUCUUAAAACCAAGAAGGAAGGUCUACCUCAAAUUGAGUCCACCGAUGACAACAGUCAAAACGAGAAAAAAGAAAAUGAGAUGGAGACGUGAUUUGACUCUUGUUUCGCUGUUGUUUUGUCAUAGCCUAUGUAUUUUAAUUAAAGAUUCAUAUAUUACAUUGAGUAUGCAUAAAAAGA